GUGGAUCACACAACAUACAUAACAACAUAGCAAGGGCAAACUCGGAGGCUGUGGAGUUCGACCCCAAAGACGACAAUCUGAUGGAAGAAGACAUCGAUGCUUCCCCCAGGGCUCCCAUUCCCGGGAUCGGGUCCACUCCCGGCGACUCAUCUGCCCCGAAGAAAACAAAGGGCCGCAGCUUCCGGGAGGAGGCUGCCGAGGCCGAACAUAGUGCUCGUUUGUCUGCUCGCUUCGAUUCUCUCGUCUCUCAUGGUGACCCUGGUUCUGAACGAUAUUUGUUGAAUGACGAUGUGUUAGUGGAGAGCAGUGGCGGGUGCUCUACCGAAGGACAUAACGUACCUGUAGUUGGGAUGAAGUUUUCUAGCAUUGAAGAAAUUCGGGGACACUACUUGGCAUAUGCUCGAAGUGUAGGAUUUCCAAUUCGGACUAGAACGACGCGCAAGAGCGCGGAAGGAACUAUUAGGAGCGUGACAUUUGUGUGUUGUAGAGAAGGGAGUAAAAAGAGGAAAACACAAAAUGUGUUGCACCCAAAGCCAAUGAUGCAAUUGGGAUGUGAAGCAAGAGUAACUGCUUCGUGCGAUGGGGAUGGAGUGUGGAGGAUUUCUGUUGUGCAGUUAGUGCAUAACCAUAGUUUUAGUCAUAUAAAAUCCAGAUUAUAUCGAUGUAAUCGUAACUCGCCUGCAUAUGUUAAAAAGAAGAUUGAAGUUGAUGCGAUGCCAGAAACUUCCCUUCAUAAGAGUUUCCAGUCAGCUAUUGUGCAAGCGGGUGGAUAUGAACAGGUUGGCUUAUUAGAGAAUGAUUGCCGGAAUUAUGUUGAAGAGGGAAGACGACUAAGAUUCAGUGCAGGAGAUGCAAUGGCCAUACAGAGUUACUUUAAUAGAAUGCAAGUUAAGAAUAACGGUUUUUUCUUCAGCUUGGAUUUUGACGAGGAGUCAAGGCUGAGGAAUGUGUUUUGGGCAGAUAAUAGGUGUCGACGGUGUUAUACAUACUUCGGUGAUGUCAUAACAUUCGAUACUACAUACUUGACUAACAAGUAUGACACGCCGUUGGUUUCGUUUGUUGGCGUAAACCAUCAUGGACAAUCAAUACUUCUUGGUUGCGGCUUAAUCUUACAGGAGGAUACUGACUCAUUUGUUUGGCUUUUCAAGACAUGGCUUCAAUGCAUGGAUGGCAUUCCACCUCAAGGCAUAAUUACAGACCAAAACAGGGCCGUGGAAAAUGCAAUUUCUAUUGUGUUUCCUCACACUAAACAUCGUUGGUGUCUUUGGCAUAUUUUGAAAAAAUUACCUGAAAAGUUGGAAGGCAUGUUAGCUACAACUCAUAUCAUGGCUAACAUUCAUGAGCUCGUAUACGAUGUGCAUGUAAUUAAUGAAUUUGAAUUACGGUGGAAAGAAAUGAUUGAGAACAUGGGCCUUCAUGAUCAUACGUGGUUAGGGGACAUGUAUGCUGCCAGAGCUCGAUGGGUUCCAUGUUUUUUGCAGAAAUCGUUUUGGGCUGGUAUGUCCACAGCGCAGCCCAAUGAAAGUAUAAAUGCUUUCUUUGAUGGCUACGUGCAUGCGAAAACUACCCUCAAGCAAUUUGUGGUACAGUACGAGCGUGCUUUGAGGAAAAAAGUAGAAAUGGAGCUCCAAGCUGAUGCCAGUUCCUUUGCAAAAAUGAUCCCGUGUUUGACAACGUAUGAGAUGGAGAAACAAGUUCAGGAGGUAUAUACUCUUUGUAAAUUUAAAGAGUUUCAGACAGAACUUUUCGGGAAAGUUUAUUGUGAUAUUGUUAGCACAGUGGGUGGAUCCGUUUACGAAGUGGAGGACGUGUGCAUCAAUGGGCUUGAUAUGAAGAAGUCAUUCCAAGUCCUCUUUGACUCGCGUACAAAGGAGGUGGAGUGUACUUGUCACUUAUUUGAGUUUAGAGGGACGAUCUGCAGGCAUUGCAUAGUCGUGCUCAUCCGAAAUGAUGUGAGUUUUUUGCCGGAGAAGUACAUUCUACAUCGGUGGAGACGUGAUGUGCAGCGGGCAUACACCCGUGUUAAGAUAGACUACGAUGGGUGGGUUUGUACUGUUCAACAACAACGUUAUGAUGAUUUGUGCAAGAACUUCCAAGUAUUGGCGAACAUGGUUGUGGAUGAUGAAGAGCGCACAAACGAAAUCAUGGAGUGGAUGGAGAGGGAGUUGGCAAGUAGAGUCGGGCGCACUCAAAUCCCAACUACUGCUAUUGAACAAGUUAGUGAGUCAACACUUGCAGACCCGUUACACAACUUGGACCCCGAAUGAGGAGCUCCAUGAGAAACAGUUGGCACCAGAAAUCAGUCGUGGAAAAAGCAAUGAGAAACAACCCAAAAACAGGGAGAAGCAUUCGAAUACGAACAAGAGAGUAGACACGCAUGUCAAAGGUGGCAAUGGUGUUCAGGAUAUCACUAUUGGAGCUUUGGGUUGGAUCUUGGCCUCUCUGUUUCCUAAACUCUGAUUAUGUACUUGUCAAGGCUUAGUGAAUGUGAAUGAUUUUUUGUUAUUAACACAGUUUAUGAAUCGCAGGUUGUGAACGUUUGUGAAUUCCUUCAUUGUGUGGCCUCUUAAAAGGCCAAAAAAAAGAAGAUAAAAUGUAUACGAAGUUUGUUAAAAUCUGCACAUCAGACUAUGUGCUUUUCAUGCAUGAAAAUAUAUUGUUCGCAUUUGG